AUGAAAAAUUUUAUAUUUCUUGUUUCUAUUAUUUUUACUUUAAUUGGUUUGAUUGAUCUUCAAAGUCAAAGUACAUCAAAAACAACUCCACGUCCAACGACAACUGCAAGAACAACUCCGAGAACAACACCACGUCCUGGGCCAUCAACAUGCUAUGCAUGUGCAAAUUGCCCAUUUCCAUUUAAGAGAAACGGUCCUUAUGCAUCUUCCCCAAAUGGAUGGUGUUAUAAAAUAAGUGCAACUAUAUCUCCAAGUUCAGCGACUGAUCGAGGCGCAGAUUUAGGUGGCAUUUGUGCUUUUAAUGGAUGUCAAACGAGAAUGGUUAAUAAUGUCAAUAAAUAUGUUUGUUGUUGUCGUAAUAACUUUUGUAAUACAGCUGUCUCGAUCUCUAAAUCAACAAUUUAUAUUGUAUCUUUAUCUUCAAUAAUGAUUUUUUUAAUGAAAAAUAUUUAUUAA